AUGGAAGAGAAUACAGAGAAGGAUGGCGCUGAGAAUAGUAGCAGCAUACAGGACAGUCUCACACCCGGCAUCAGCAAUGCUGGCAAGAAUACCACCAAUCGACCUCCUGGCAACGCUGAGAGCAUAAGUCUUUUUAGAGAAGAAAGCGAGCCCGCCCUGUACGCCUUCGGGUCACAAGGGGUAGGCAACACAAGAAUGAUGUCUCUUAAAACAAAACAAACACAAGACGCGGUGGAGGGUGAGGGUGAAGUGGAGGUGGAGGCGUACGCCUCCCCUGAGGCCUUGAAGAAGAGCCAGGAGGCCAUUAACGGCCUACCUAGGGAGGAGGAUCCUGGGGCGACCUACGGCCCUGAGUUCAUCGGGACUUCGACUGGGUCAUCACCAACCCAGUUAGGGCCCCUGGGAGUUUUAGUACUCUCCCGUCAAACCUCUCCUUUGAGGAUACGUGGGGGGGCGGCGUCCGGGCACUCGGACUCGGAACACGAGGGGAGGGAGGAGGAACCCUCAACCUCCACAGGGACGGUGAAGGCAAGCCGCCCUGGCCCGGCAAGUAGCAAGGCUGCGCAACUGGCAAAAAACAAGGCUGCGCAACUGCCGAAGGGCAAGAAGAGGAGGCUUGAUCCCUCCGCCUCGUCUUCUGACCACGAGGUGGAGGUCGUUGACGAGUCCUCGGACUCGGCCUCCUCCCCGGAGGAUGAGGGGUGGGAGUCGGCAUUCAGGAGGAAGAAGAAGGAUGGGAGGGGACGCCCUCCGAAGGACCCUUCGCAUGAAGGGUGCUUCACGGCGGAGGCACUGAAGGCCAAGAAGGUCUUCGCCAAAAGGUUGAAGCAGGGCCGGGACGAGGAGCGUGCCCUGGACCCCUCGGCGGUCCUGAAAUACACCAAGAAGGUGGUGGACAUCCGUCACAAAGAGGCGGACCUCAUACAGGAAUACAGAGACAUCUCUUCGGCCGGCUUAGGAGCAGUGGUGACGGAGCGCGUGGCCAUGCUGCAGAAGAUGGCCCAGGGCUGCUCCAAUCUAAAAGGUACCACGGUUCAAGCGCUGUGGAACACUUCGGCCCACAUUUCGGCAGCCGCCGCGGUUUUGAACCAGAGAGCGCAGCAACCUGGUCAUGCGGUGGCGGAGGCCGAAUGGGAGGACAUCAGGAAGGAGGUCCGCCAGCUAAAGGGGGACCUGACGCACCUCAGGGCCGAAAAUGAGAGCUUCAGGUCCGAGAACGAGAACAUGAAGGCCAAAAUUAAGAAAUUGGAGGAGAAGCGAUCCAGAGUGGCUGCGAGGGCUCCUAGCCCUCAACCCACUCCGAGGUUGAGGAGGACGGCGACGCGGCCGGCGAUCGUCGAGUCGGAAUCGGAGGGGGAGAAUCCAUCUGGGGUAAUGGGAGGAAAGGGUGGGAAGGGUGUUCCGCGCCUAAAGGCGCCAACGUCCGCGGCGGUGUGCAUCACCUGUCCAGCUGGCAAGUACAGCGAGGUGAUGCGCAUCGCCAGGAGCAAGGUCCCCCUCUCUGAGCUGGGGAUAAAGAACCUCAGGUGCAAGAGGGCCAUCACCGGGGCCCUCCUGCUUGAGGUCCCUGGCCCGGAGGGGGACAAAUUAGCCGACACCCUGGCCAUCAAACUCAGGGUAGCGCUGGCGGGAGAGGAGGGGGUCAGGGUGGACCGCCCUUCAAAAAAGGCGGAGGUCCGCCUCCACAAUUUGGAGGACUGUCACGGUCGCGGACAUAGCGGCGGCCGUGGCAGAUGCCUCGGGAAGGGAUCCCUCCGACAUCAGGGUGGGGGGAAUAAAGAGAGCCCCGAACGAAAGGUCGCGGAGGCAGGCCGCAUCCUGGUCGGUUGGGGGAUGGCCCGGGUAGAGGUGUUGGCGGCGAGGCCCCUGCAGUGCUUCCGCUGCUUGGAAGAGGGGCAUGUCCGCCAGCACUGCCGCAGCGACGUCGAUAGGUCCGGCGUCUGUUACCGCUGCGGCGGCCCGGGUCAUCGGGCCGCCGAGUGCACCGGGCGUGUUGUGUGUCCGGUGUGCUCCACGGCCGGCAGAGAGGCGACCCAUCGUUUGGGUGGGGAGGCGUGUAUCGCCUCCCAAAAGAAGAAGGGGAAGGGGAAGAAAGGAGCGGGGAAAGCCCGAACCUCGCCUCCCUCCCACUCCCCACAGGAAGGCGGCCAGCAGCAACCGGCAUUCCAGGAGCCGGUUGCGGGGCCCUCUGGGUUGGGCCAAGUAGUCCCUCCCCCUAAGGAGAGGAGGGACAAUAGGAGAUCCAGGAGAGAGGAGGCUGGCCCAUCUGCACCUGAGGACCCAAUGGUCCUCACCGAGGUGCAGAUGGAGGAGACUCGCCCGCCGACGACGGUGUGCCCCCACCCUGUGGUGGUGGCCGGGGACUUCAACGCCAAAUCUGGCGCGUGGGGUUCCCCGGUCACCAAUCAUCGUGGUCGGCUCACCGAGGCCUGGGCGGCGUCGACCGGCGUUCACCUUCUCAAUGAAGGCUCGGUGAGCACCUGCGUGCGCCCGCAGGGCGAAUCUAUCAUUGACCUCACAUGGGUCAAUAGCCCUGCGGUGCGCGCGGUGGGGGGUUUGAGGGUGGCGGAGGGGAUCGACACUGGUUCCGACCAUCUCUACAUAGAGGUGAUCCUCUCCGCCAUCUCCCCCGAGGUGCUCCGGCACCGCCGGGAAAGGGAGCGCGGGCGGCCCGGCAGAUAG